AUGUCCUACUCCUACACGGUAACAGAGCGAAAGCGCAAGACGACCACCUCGGGCGGAUAUGGGUAUUCAGGCUCGAGAUCGACGUUCGGUUACUGGGUGCCGCUCGCCCUGACCGUCACGGCUGCGACAAUUGGUCUCGCCGCAUGGGUCUGGGGCGAGAGAAAAGACGAAGAGUACGAUUCCAGCGAAGAUGAACACUACCAGGGAGGUGCGGCUCAGUCAGGGUAUACCAUGAGUGGAGGUUUAUCUGGACCGGCACCGCCCGGCGGCUUUCAAGGGCCACCAGGACCGCCUCUGGAACCAAUGAUACCUGGUCCGCUUCAGCCCGGCGGGUUUGGACCGCCAGGAACGUUCCAAGGACCUCCUCCUCCGCCCGGUGGAUUUCAAGGCGGUCCUCCACCUCCGGGCUGGCGAGGGACGGAAGAGGAGUGGCGCUCUACAGCUCGCUCAACGGUGGUGGAACAGGAACAAGAGACAGGACUAGUGGCGCGCAUGUCUAGCGCAUUGGGGCUCGGUCGCUCAAGCACACCUUCCGGCGAACGCUCUCUUGGCCAAAAUCCAACUCAAUCGUAUGACUGGACGAAUAGGCCGUUCGCAUCCGCAACCGCUGCAGCCGGGGCCAUGGUCGGCGCCGCGAUCAGCACGCUCAGUGGUGGAGGCGGAGAAGGCUACGAAGACCACGAGCGGUGGAGCGAGGAGGCAGAACAACGCGACAAUGACCGGCAGAUCAAGCAGGGCAUCAAGAGGCGAGGCACGGCUGACGAGUUCUUCUCCGGGAGCGUCGAACUGCCCCGCUCUGCUUCGAUUGCAAGUCCCAAACGGAAGACUGUGGCUGUUGUUGUUUCAGCAGUGGGCGAUGCUGACGGAGAUGUCGGCGACCAUGCCUCCAUCCUCUCCCACCUGCCCGAAUAUAUCGACCCGGAAACCACCCGCGUCUUCGUCCUCAUCUACGCUCCCGACCUCAAAGCUCGCCCCCUAAGCAGCUCGCACACGCCGGCCCGCCGCCCCUCGCAGAGCAUGGCCUCCUCGUUCUCCAACAUCAGCCAAGCAGAUGCGCACACGCCGGCUGUCACUCCAGGCGAUUUCCCCAGCAGCGACGGCAUCCUCACGCAAGUUGACCCGAAGCCCAUCGACGAGUCGUCGAGCUUGUUUAAAACACUCUACAGUCAGGCGAUCGGCAUUGUGGAUCGCGACACCAUGGUCCUACCCUACACGUCGCCCAACGGACACAAGCACAUUCUCCGCUCCCUCGCGCCCGAGGUCGUGUAUAUCCAGGAAUCGCUAUGCGGGCGUGACGGUGAGAUUGUGUCCGACCUGUCCGGCUGGGUACGGCAGACUGUGAUUGUGAUUGGCGAUGAAGGCGGACACGGCGGGCUGAUCGACACGGAUGACGAGGGCAGCGCGGUGGGCGGAUAUAAAAGGGGCGAGAAGUGGUGGCAGAAGGAAGAACGCACCGGCGUAGGGAGGCGGGUCGCUGUGGUGGAAAGUCUGAAGGUCGGAGAAGAUUGGGAACGGAGGAUCAAUGAGAAGGAUUAG